AUGGACGAUGACAUUUGCGAGGAGGCACUCCACGAAAUUGACAUCCACCACAGAUUGGGCCACCAUGAGAACAUUGUUUCAUUCAUCGACUGCUUUGAAUCCUUUAUCAUCUUGGAAUACUGCUCCCGUGGCGACUUGUACGAAGCUAUAAAGGCCAACAUCGGUCCAACUUCAACAAGGGACAUUGUCAAUGUUACUCUGCAGCUCAUUAGUGCAGUAGAAUUCGCACACAGCAAGUCGAUUUAUCACCGUGAUAUCAAACCGGAGAACAUCUUGAUCGCUGAUGACUUCUCGAUAAGACUAUCGGAUUGGGGUUUGGCUACUGACAAGAGAAUUUGUACUGAUUUUGGAGUUGGUUCUGAGAGAUAUAUGGCACCAGAGUUAUUUGAUGAGUUGAAUCUGGAUUAUUACGACGCUGCUAAAUGCGAUAUCUGGUCUAUCGGCAUUUGUCUCUUGAACAUUGUCUUCCACAAGAACCCAUUUACAAAGGCGAACGAGUCGGAUAAAUCUUUCAGCUAUUUCGCACGUAACCGUGAGGCUCUGUUUGACAUCUUUUCAACAAUGUCCGACGACUUAUUCUCUGUCUUGCGUCAUUGUUUGACUUUAGAUCCGGAUAAUAGAGAUUUGUCACUUGUAAAGGAAGAACUAUUGAAGGUGCAA